AUGCCUCAGUCAAAUUGUGUAGGAUCCACCGAGAUCACAAGUUUUUCACACCAAUUUGGGGUCUUCAUCUACCAAAACAACAUUCACAUCAUUUCACCAAAUAUUCUAGAUAUUGACACAGAACUCAACAUGAUAGAUGCAAUUAACAUAAUAAUCAAUAAUCAAGUAGAAACAAAGUCUCUAGAAGUUCAACAAGCUAUCUUAAACAGAAUUGGCAAUUAUCCAGAAAAAAUGACAGAAAAUAUACACAGAGCAUUAGUUAAGUUACCAUUAGAUGUAGCGACAUUACUCACUUUGAAACCUUCUUUUAUUUCACCAAUAGUAAGCUCAUAUUGUGAGCAUGACAUGCUGGAGGCUAGAGUCUGCAAGAAUGUUACAUUUAAAAACUGUAUUACUGUGCAAGUAAAAUUUACCAAAUGUCUUUAUGCAAUGCUUACACAUUCAAAGCUAAUCACAAAUUUGAAGAAUGCACAUGUUGACCUGAAUGAUAAAAAAAGAAAUUUAGGAUUGAAACUUACUUGUGGCUAUGAAAUAAUUAUGAGUAAAUUAAAAGUUGAUAUAAUUUCCUCUAAAGAAUACACUAAGUUUAUUAAAAGUCUGAGUGACAAAGGAUAUUUCAGAGACAGCAUUGAGGGAUCAAAAGAACAUACUAGACUGUUAGAGAAGGCUAAAGAGUUCUAUUUGAACAUGGAGUGUCCUGUUAACUCGCAACUCAAUAAUGCUAUAGCACAAAUAAUGCAUACAGAAGAAUUUAUUACCUUGAAGGAGUCCUUGAAGAAUACUCAAGGUUUAGAGAAAGAGCUUGCAGAAGACAAUGAUGACUGGCUAAAUAUCCAACCUGACGAAUUAAAUAAUUUACUAAAUACAAGGUAUGGUAAAAAGCCAACAUUCAAAAAAGAUGACGUAAUGAAUUCAGAAACAAUAACUUCAAAAUUGUCGAAUUUCCUAAAAGAAACAUCAGAUUUUGAAGGAAUUGAAAUAGGUUACGAGGAAGAGGAAGACACUGAAAUAAAUUUUGAUUCUGAUAUAUUUGUAAAUUCUUUGAAGAACAUGUUAGAUACAAUUAAUGGUGCAGACGAGGUUGAUUCAGACAAUGACAGUAAUAAUGAUAUGGAUGAUGUUUCACCAGAAGAUAAUAUAGAUGAAGAAAUUAGAAGAAAGUUACUCUCUAACAUAAGCAAUACUUCAGAAGACAGUCAAAACAUUAUAUCCAACAUGAUUCAAAGUAUGAAAGAGGAACAGGGGGCACCAGGACCUAUUAGUAACUUACUAAGAGCUAUAGGAAUUAACAAAACCAGUGUGUUAGAUUCAGAUGAUGAUGAUGAUGAUCAAUGAAAUGAAAUAUAACUGGUUAAUAAGUACACUGUAAGUAAUGUAGCUACAUUGUUGUAGAUAAAUAGUUUUUACAAGGUUG